UCUAAAAAAUUGAUGAAUACGUAUAAAGAUACUACAAUAAUUAUUGGGAUUAUCCUCUAAAUUUUUGUCUAAAAGUUUUCCAUAGUUGUAAAACUUACCUCAAGCGAAUUCCUCUUGCUAUUUGUAUCAUACAGGGCCCGCGUAGUUGGGGAUUUGAGUUGAGAUUUCCAUAUAUUUCUGAGCAAUAAUAUCUUCCUCUUUCCGCUAAGUUUUUUCAACUUUUUCUAAAGUUUAAGCAACUCUCCACUAUCUCCCCCGUUGACCUCCAUUUGUUUGAAAUUACAAUGUUAUAUUCUACUAGUAAUAUUAUUUUUGCACAGAAAUUUCCCCCUUUGGCGAGCAUUUGUAUCACCGUCCUUCUUCUUCAUUUAAUUUGCACAGCUUAAAGCAGCGUCUUUUAACUUCCCAUGGCUUUAUUAACUUCUGGUACUAAGAGAAAGAAAUCGUCGUUAGCAUGGUCUUGCCUAAUACCUUGUCUAAUCCUGCUUUCCGCUGCUUUCUUUAUAGGAAGCGCCUUCAUUGUCACUGAAUGUAAACAGAAAAUUUUAGGAUGGCAAUUGAUUGAAUCCCUCAAAAUGACUAAACCUACAAUCUGUGAGGAUGAGUGCAGGCCUGAAGGAAGCGAGACACUGCCCAGAGGUAUUGUGGCUAAGACCUCUGAUUUAGAAAUGCAUCCGCUUUGGGGUCCCCCCAAUAAAAAGAAAUCAAAAUCACCAUUGAGUUUACUAGCUAUGGCAGUUGGAAUAAAGCAGAAACAGAAUGUCAAUGAAAUUGUUAAGAAGUUUCCAGAGAGUGAUUUUGUCAUUAUGCUUUUUCAUUAUGAUGGUAUCGUGGAUGAAUGGAAAGAUCUAGAAUGGAGUAGCACUGCUAUUCACAUUUCUGCUAUUAAUCAAACUAAAUGGUAUCCUAGGUCACACUGGUCUUAAUCUUUUAAGACAAUGUGUCGGUCAA